UUUUCACCUUGAAGUCUCUAUGUAUAUAUUUGUUUGUCUAAUGUGUGGUGGUCUACUGUAUGAUGGUUUAAUGCGCGUAUCAGUCAUUUCAUUUGUGAAUAUUUUACAAGAACGACUUGGAUAUCUAAAGCUAAAAAUGUGGUACUUCAGCGUCUUUCUAUUAAUGCUGCAUGUUGUAUGCUUUACCCAAGGAAGAGACAUAUGCCAGAUAAGUCACUAUAGGCAGUGCCGAUAUUCAAAGGAUGGAGAAACAUUCGCAUUUCCAAAAACCGCUGAGGAAAUGGUACCAAAAUGCUCAGCGCUAAACUCCAUGUUGGAAUGUCUAAUCAAUUAUAAGUAUGCCUGUUCAAAUACUACAAUCUAUAGUGUGAGAACUGUUAAAAAAUUUCAAAAUGCAGUCAAUACAUUUUGUGACAGCAAUUCUACUUGGUACAAAGGAGUUGUAAAAUAUGGCAAUUGCUAUCAAAACGUUAUAAACAAUUUACCGAAGAAUUUCACUGCCGAGUGUUUCAAGAAGAUACGAAGUUACAUAGAUCCAGCUUAUUUGAACUUUGAUGGCAGUGAUCGAAAUAAACAAAAGUGCUACUAUACUAUUGAAAUGUCAAGCUGUAUUGCUGAACAGAUUUCUAAGGAAUGUGGAGAGGCAGCUCGAGAAUUAUGUUUGCAUUUUAUUAGAGAAGCAGGACCAUGGGACAGCAUUUGUUUCACCGAUGACGACGACGUCACGAGGCUGAUGCAAAGUUUAAAUUUUCGUUAUGACCCAGAAACCACAGAAGAAGAAUUUGCUAAUCUUUUGCACAUGGAAGACACAAAGUUCUAACAGAAAACGAUAUAGCACAUAUGAAAUAAAACUGUAAUUGUAUUAAUCUAUAUACAUAAAAAUGAAUAUCUGUGGA